AUGUUGACCAUGUCAAAGUGUGGUUUGUUUUUAUGUCAGAAUACAGUGAAAUCAACAUAUUAUGAUUAUCCUGAUGACGAUGAUCCUCUGGAGGUGUCACUACAUAUUGAGACAACUAGAUCAACAGACGAUGUUGCUAUGAGUGAUGAUAUCGAACAAGAUGCUACAAGCGAUGAUAUCGAACAAGAUGCUACAACGGAUGAUUACAACGAUGUUUACUACGAUGACUUCAAAGAAGAGGAGACAACAUCAAAACUGUCAGAUGAGACACCAACAACGGUGUUAUAUACCGAGGAAUUAACUAACGGAGAACGUAUCUCGUCGUUUGAAAAUACAACAGAUGAACAAGCAAGUGGCAAUGAAACAUUAGUUGACGAUGAGAAAGCCAACAGCGUAUUCUUCAAGCAUAGAAUAUUAUUUAUCACAGUCGGUAUAUCAAUGUUAUUAAUUCUCACUAUCACUGUAUUAAUUAUUUUAUAUUUUCACACAACAGCGAAAUAUCGUUAUUAUCGAAAAGGUCAACAAGAUCCAACUUUAAAAUGA